AUGGCAAACCGCGGACGAGGCGCCGGCGCAAGCUACCCACCGAGCAACAAUGCGCCACCACGGCAAAACGAGUAUUUUGUUCCCCGCGACGGCAUUGACCGUGAAGUCAUCACGGCCGACAUCUGUCGGUACUUGGGCAACGAUGCCCUUGUCCGCCCGGGCACACACACAAAUGAUAGUGGCCGUGUCAUCCAGGGCUACUUCAUCACCGCAUAUCGUAACUUGACAUCCGCUAUGAUCGCCGAUCUCAAGACCGACUCUGCGCGCUGGGACGCAGAGAGGCGGAAGAUCAAAUACCAGGACUCCCAGAUUAGAGACGGCCCGCAGCGCGGCGGCAACGUCAAUAUUCCUGUCGGAGGUGGUAACGGCGGAGGCGCCCCGUACGGCGGCUUGCAGUCUUCCUAUGGCGGCAACUCUGCCGGCAACUACGACAGCGGCCCUCGCUAUCCAGGCAGCGAGGCACCAGGAUACAGCGCCUCUGGACCAGGAGGACCAGGCCCGGGCUCCUAUGGCCCGCCUGGAGGACACGGCGGUUACAACAACGCUCCAUACGCGCAGGGCGGACUACCACCCCAGACACAGUACCCUUCGCAGCAACAAUCUCCCCAGGAUCCGAGAUACGGUGGCCCGCCUCCUCAGGUCGGCGGCCUUGGCGGUAUUGGCGGCAACUACGGCGGACCUAUCGGGGGCGCCGCCCACCCGCAACCACACGGCCAGGACGGCUACGCAAGUGGCGCACACUACGCCGUAGUGUCCAACCGGGAUGCCUACUCCAUGGACAUGCAGAUGACGGAUGCCCCCUUGGCCCCCGCACGACGCAACUCCCCGCCCAGUGGCCCUGGCGGGUUCGGAAACCAAGGCAACAGCAGCCGCGGCUCGUACGGCAGCGGCGCACCCGGCACUGGUGGUGGCUACGGCGGAUACUCGGCGCCGCCGCCACCAGCAAGUCACGCCGCUGCGUAUGGCCAGCCUAUCGACGGUGGCUACGGACGAGGUAGGUGA